AUGACACAUUGUCAAAGAACAAAUCGUCAUCAUUGUCAAAAUUCCAAAGUAAGAUUUUAACAAAGAUCAUGAAUGUAUCAAUACACCUCAUUCAGGAGCUUGAAAAGUCCAAUUAUAAAUUUCUGUUUAACCAAGUUCGCUAUAAGCACCAUAAAACCAAGCAGGUGGAAACUGUGAAAAAAUGUGAAGGAGGUCUGGAACCGUGUAACGUGCCAACGAAAAAAUCCAUUUGGAAUUUGUUCGGUUGUGGAUACAAAAGAAAAGAAAAAAAAUUAGACAAGAAAGCACAGGCUGAAGCAUGUAAACACGUAGAAUUCGUGACUGAAGAGCAAGCGGAGCACGCGAUGAAACAAAUCGAAAUGCAAGAGGGUGGUAAAGUAUUUAGAACCUGUGGUACAGCUUAUAUCUUACAAAAAGAUUACGUGGAACAAGCGGAAGGGUCAACUACGUGCAAAGAAGAUCAAAUUUUAGAGGAGAUGACCAAAGACAUUAGUCUAAAGGGUCAAUGCGAUCCUAUGCCCCCAUUUCAGUCUGUCGAAUUAAGGCUGAUUCAGUUGAAUGAACGGAAGUUGCAUCCUUUGUAUAAAAAAUUAAUGUCGAUUCCAAAACGUUCGAGUUCGUUAAAAAAUAGUCAAGAAUCCUUAGCAAGCUAUAAAACCAGAAGUGGUCCGAUACUACCGGACGAAUUUCCAGCGCAUUUAAAAAUAAACAGGGAAAUGUUUGAAAAGAAGAACAUUCUUUACGAGUAUAAGAAAACUGAGAUACCUCAGCAGAUGUUGGUGAGAAUACUGGAGAUGAAACAGAACGAGAGACCUCCUUUGGUAAAGAAACCUUAUGUACCCUCCGCCCCAAAAUGUGCAGGAAAAAAAUAAUAACUAUUUCUGGUUAUUCGUAAGAAAAAUAAAUGUGGGUUUCUUUAUUGUGACUAUAUAAUAAAAGAAAUGACUAUA